AUGUACACAUCAUUUCGUUCUUGGAAAUCUGCAGCAAGCAGACUGAAAGCAGGGCUCAUCCUCUCCUCAGGAUUUGUGCUGCACCAGAAAAUGAUCAAAGAAGAGGCCAGUUAUUCUCAUUGCCAUAGGGAUCUUUUUAAGACGAAUUUAAUCUCAAAGAACUUCUUUUCGAGCAUGUUUCCUAAUUACUCUUUAAAAUGCCAUGCUUUAUCUCAGAAACAGAGAGAAGUACUUAUGAAAACCCCAACUGACGUGUACGUUUGGGGAAAUGGACAACAAGUAGAAAUGUCAUUUGAUUACUCUAACUUUUUCCCAAAGAAACUUAGAAAUUUUAGCGAGAAGGACAGCCCUCAAAUUAUUAUUGCCAAAUUUGGGGAAUUUCAUGAAGCUUAUCUUGAUAAGGAAGGCAAAAUACAUAUUUGUAAGAAACACCGGCUCGCUUCAAUGAAGCUUAAAGAGGUGGAUGAUACCUACCGUGAUGAUAUGAAGCAACUUGAGAUCAAGAAUCGAAAAAUUAUGGAUAUGACAUUUACCAGGAACAGAUUAUUUGUCCUAACCAAUAAAUAAAGAGGUCUACGUUUGGAAAAUAAACUUUGAGCUCCCAGAAGGCAGAGAAGACGAUGAUAUAUUCAACUCUGACAUUAAUGAAUUCUUAACUUCAAUUGAGUUGACUCCUGUACAUAUUAAGGAGUUGAUCAAUAUUGAGGAAAUUGCUUCAGGAACCGACCAUUUUAUAGCUAGAGACUCUGAUGGCACUGUUUGGGCUAUGGGAGAUGAUACAUUUGGUCAAUGAGGCCAAGCUACUGCUGGUCGCCCUGAAAUUCCUCCAUUUAAGGAAAGAAGAAUUGGGAAGCCUGUAAAAGUUCUCCUUCCAAGUAAAGCAGCUAGUAUAUCAAGCGGGUUUAGACACUGAUUUGCUAUCAAUGAAUCGGGAGAAUUAUACGGAUGGGGAUACAACAAUCAACAACAGUUAAGUCAUAGUGAAGAAUUUGCUCAUGAAGUUAGCCAAAAGCAUGUGAUUUUUGAGCCACUCAAAAUUACUAGAGAUCUGGAAAGCAAGAGAGUCGUAAAAGCUGAUGGAGGCAAAGAUUUCUCUAUCAUAGUCACUAAGGAUAGGAAAGAUGUUCAGGAAGUAUUCGCUACUGGAAACAACUUAAGAGGACAGCUUGGAAUUAACAGAAUUAGCCACCUUCAAGAUAUUGAAAGAAUUGAAGAUGCUUCUGGAUUUGUUGAUCAUCUAAAAAGGGCUCCUUUGACCAUCUCCAAUCUGUCUUGAGGCAGAAGGCACUCGAUCCUGACCUUUGACUAUGGUGCUUUCUUUAUUUGGGGAGACAAUGAGAAAGGUCAGCUUGGCAACAAGAAAAGACAGUUCUGAGAGUCACCAUAUCCGGUUGGAAAAUUUGAAGAAAAGCAUAAUGUUUUGAAUGUAGAAGCUGAUUUUGAUAACUGAGCAGUUAUAGUUGAAAGACUUCCUGAUAAAAUCAAGGAUAAGGAUGAUGAAGAUAAAAAAUCAAAGAGAAGCAAGUCUAAAAGACAAGCCAAGAAGAUCCAGGAUAUACCCCAGCCUAUUGUUAAAGAGUUACCUCCUCCAAGCCUAACCCAGAGAAUCAAAGAUAGGAGACAAGAACUUGAGAAAAUGAAAAAGAACCAAGAAAGCCUUAGAAAGAGAGAUGAGGAAGGAGAUAUUGAAGAGAAGGAAGAAACCCAAGAAAAGAAAGAGUAGGC